AUGGAUGAAGUUUCAACAGAGUUCUUGGCAUAUAUCAUUGGAAUUAUCAUUUUGAUAAUUUUUUAUAUUAUAAAACUUCCUCGUAUUGGUGCAAACGAACCACCGCUUGUGCCUUAUACAAUUCCAAUUCUCGGACAUACGUAUAAUUACUUUUUUAACGCACGAAAUUUCUUUAAAAAAUGUAAAGAACAGUAUGGUGAAUGUUUUUCAAUUUAUGUAUUCGGACGUGUGAUGACGAUUGUUUCGAGAAGUUCAUUGAAUGAAGUGUUUAUAAAUCAUAAAGAUUUUAAAUUGGCACUAUCCGAGUUUCUUCCUUUCGAUAUGCUCUUUGAGAAUAUUAGUGAUUUUGAUAAAGUAACUCAACUUAAUGCAAAACUCGUUAAAGAAAUUACCGGUAAAAUAGAUUCUUACACUCCAAUAAUACAAAAAUAUCUCUUGGAAGGAAUUGAUAAAUUUAUUGGAGAUUGUAAAGACCCAAAAGAAUUUCUUAGUAUUUGGGAAUUAAUGAAUCAUAUAAUCGCUUUACCAAUGGCUAAUAUAAUAGUUGGAGAGGAAGUUGCAUCUCAUGAAGAUGUGGUAAAAUCAUUUGGAGUCUUUGUUUUCGAUAUCGGUCGAAUAAGAACAAUUCCGCCAAUUUUUUCUUUUAUCCAUCCGAAACUUCACGAUUUCGUAACCACUUUACCUUUGAGAUUUGGGUGGAAUCCAAUUUUACAUCAUCAAAAAAUUAUGAUCAAUCACAUAAAACCGGUGAUCGAAAAACGUAUCAAGGAGAAAAAAAUGCUCGACAAAGAUUAUAAAUUUUACAAUGAUACACUUGAAUUCUAUAUAAGUCAACCGGAUUUCGAUUACUCAAAUCCUAAAAUAUUUCAUUAUUAUAUUGACGUCUUAUUUGUUCUAAUUUUUGGCUCAGUCGGAACAACGAGCGAAAUAAUUACAAAUGGAAUAUUUGAUUUGGCGGGAAGACCAGAAUGCUUGAAUGAAUUAUAUGAAGAAGCAAUGAUAAUUGAUAAAGAAUGCAAUGGUUCAAUUACCCUCCCUGAUGUUCAAAAAAUGAAGAAAUUAGAUAGUUUCGUCAAAGAAGUGCUUAGACAUUCGGAUGAUACACUGAAGUUUCUUCAUAAAGUUACAUCUGAAAGUUUCACCUUUUCCAACGGAUAUACAGUUCCAAAAGGACGUAGGGUAAAUUUGUAUAUGGAUGAUGUAUUAAAAUCAAAAGAUGCUUAUGGCGAUGAUGCUGAAGAAUUUAAACCAUUUCGAUUUGUAAAUGCAAAUUCUUCUGCAUCAAAAGUUGAUCGUAAUUAUGCUGUUUUUGGUGGAGGAAAACAUGCGUGUCCUGGUCGAUUUUUUGCUAUUCAUGAGAUAAAACUUAUAUUACAUAAGUUAAUUUUGAAAUACAAUAUUAAAACAAAGAGUGGUAAAAUUGAAAAUAAGAAAUAUAUUGGUCCAAUUUCAUUACCUCCUAAGAAGGCUUUAAUUUUUGAAAACAGAAAAUAA